AUGGACGGUUACAGUCGCAUAGUAAAAGUAGAUAUAAAACAUGAAACAUUAAAGGACAGAAUUUGGCCUGAGAUUAGAAUCGACACCGGAAUCACCGUUGCAGAGCUAAAGGACAAAUUAUACAUCAAAACUGGGACUAGUCCAUCAUCCAUGGCUUUAUCCGCACAUCUACCGAAUCAUGAGUCUACGACGUCUGUAUCGUUGGAUAUGGAUGAGGAGUCGCUUUACAAGUAUGGUAUUGAUGAAGGCUACGUGAUACUUGUGAGAGAGUUACGCACAUUUAAUGGCAACAAGAUUCUUACUAGCUCCAAUGAAAAUAAGAACGUUCAGAUAGAUAUUAGCAAUUCCUCACUAAAGUACACAAACCCAAAGCUCUAUGAUCAUUACAUAAAACAAACGGAAAGGGUAGAAGCGACUGGAAAUGAUUCGGAAUUUCAGAGAUACCAAAUGAGUGAUGAGGACUACAGGGCAAGGAAUACAGGAGUUCGUGAAUUCAUCGACAAAAUGAGGGCUGGAGCAGCGAAAUCAUCUAUUUCGAGUAACGCCAAGAAUGCGGAUGAACCUACAAGUCUGGAAGAUCUACGCGAAGCAUUUCCUAUCGGUUCCAGAUGUUCAGUAUCACCUGGAGAUCGUAGAGGAGAAGUAAAGUUUGUCGGUCUAAUUGGUGGCAAGAAAGUGAAGAUAGGUGUUGCCCUGGACGAACCUCUAGGGAACAGUGAUGGCACAUUUCACUCUGUAAAAUAUUUUGAAACCCACGGGAGCAACUACGGUGGGUUUUAUGAUCCCAAAAACGUGGCGGUUGGGGACUUUCCGCAGUUUGACAUUUCUGACUUUUUGUAG